AUGAUAAUUUAUCUUCUUUCUGGUCCUCGAAAUUUUUCAACAGCUCUUAUGUAUUCGUUCAAUCAGCGUCCUGAUACCGUUGUCAUCGAUGAACCAUUUCAUGCACUUUGGUUAAAAAUAAUUGGUAAAAUACAACCACAUCAUGAUGAAAUAAUGUUAACUCUAGCAUAUAAUAGAAAUGCAAAUAAAAUACAUGAUAAAAUUGAAGAAAAUGAAAAUAUUAAAGGAAAUGUUUUUGUUAAAAAUAUGGCUAAUACAGUAGAAGAUAUGAAUAAAAAUCGUAUAUUAAAUUAUUAUCCUAUAUUUCUUAUACGUGAUCCAACUGAAAUUAUUAUGUCACAUAUAAAAGUAGAUCCAUUUAUAACUGGUGAAGAUCUUUGUUUAGAACAUCAAGUUAAAAUAUAUGAUUGGUUAAAAGAAAAAACACAAGAAGAUCCAAUUGUUAUUAAUGGUAAUGAAUUAAGAAAAAAUCCAAGAUCAGUUUUAAUCGAAACAUGUAAACAAUUAGAUUUAUCAUAUACAGAUGAAAUGUUAUCAUGGCCAGCUGGUCCAAAAUCUAUUGAUGGUGUUUGGGCUUCAGCUUGGUAUAAUGAAGUUCAUAAAUCAACUGGAUUUAGUCCACCAUCUUCAACAAAAUUAACUCGAAACGAUAUUCCACAUAAAUAUCUUUCACUUUAUGAUGAAGUUUUACCUUAUUAUCAGAAACUUUUAUCACAUUGUAUUUAA